UGGCUCUGCUGGCGUCGCUGUUUUUUUGCGAAUUUGUUUUCUUUGCCUCCAGCACAACAAAAUAAUGUUUAAUUCAAAGAAGCUGCAUAAUGUCUGUGGCUAAAUAUCUAAAUCGAACAGUUGGGAUGAGUGGCAUAGAGGCUGUGUCGAGGACCUGCACACUCAGGCCCAGGGAGGCCGAACACAGCGCCAUCCGUUUGUCCGCGGGCGAGAAUUUCGUGGGACGCAGCAAGGAAACCGGCAUUCGGGACUCGCGCUGCUCCAAGCAGCAGCUACGACUGCACGUGGAUCCCAAGAGUUGUGGCAUUACCUUGAAGGUUCUGGGCAUGAACCCGUGCGGCAUCAACGGAGUGAUGGUUAUGCAGCACACGGAAUGCGAGCUGAAACAUGGGGAUCUGGUGGAAAUAGUCUACGGCCGGCAUGGCUACGAAGUGGUAUUCAGCCCUCCACCUGUUGAGUCUACGGAGGAGAAGCCAGAGGAGAACGUUCCAGUUGCAGUCGCAUCUGCAGCCACUGAGGAGGAGAAAUGGGCUUCAGUGGCCAAGGGAAAAUUGGUUAUCUACACCAGCGCUGGAGUCGUGGCCUCGGCGAAAAUUGCCGGCUACGAUAUGGAUGGAACCAUUAUAAAGACAAAGUCGGGCAAUGUAUUCCCCAAGACCACUGACGACUGGCAGAUCAUCUUCCCAGAGGUGCCACAGAAACUGAAGAGCCUGCACAAGGAUGGCUUCAAGAUCUGUUUCUUCACCAACCAGGCCGGCAUUGCUAAGGGCAAGGUAUCGCUGGAUGACUUCAAGGUGAAGAUAAAGCAAAUAGUCAAGAAGUUGGCUGUACCCAUCCAAGUAUUCAUAGCGGUGGGCGGCGGCUACUACCGCAAGCCGCUGCCCGGCAUGUGGGAGCAUCUGCAGGACGAAAUGAACGACGGAGUGGCCAUACAGCUGGAUCGGAGCUUCUUCGUGGGCGACGCCGCUGGCAGACCCGAAGUGGGCAAGGGAGCGACCAAGCAGCGCAAGGAUCACUCGCUGGCCGACCGACUCUUUGCCUCCAACAUUGGACUCUCGUUCUACACCCCGGAAGUGCAUUUCCUGGGCAAGCGAUUGGAGCAGUGGAACAAGCCCGACUUUGAUCCCACCUGUGUGCACGAUCAGCUACCGCAGUUUGAGCCAAACGAUGUCCAGUUCGACGGGGGCACGUGCGAGAUGAUCAUCAUGGUCGGCCUGCCCGGUUCGGGGAAGAGUCACUUCUGUGCCGAGGUGCUGAAGACUCGGGGCUAUGAAAUUGUCAAUGCAGACACUUUGGGCAGCACGCAAUCCUGCCUUAAUAGCUGCAAGCGCCUGCUGAGCUCUGGAAAAUCGUGUGUGGUGGACAAUACCAAUGUGGAUGCUGCAUCCCGCAAGAAGUUCCUGGCCCUAGCUGACGAACUGAAGAUCCCCUGUCGCUGCUUUGUGAUGAACGUGUCCACGGCUCAGGUGAAGCACAACAUUGCCUUUCGCGAGCUCUUGGAGACGCCACACUCCCAAAUCAGCGACAUGGUCUUCAACAUGAUGAAGAAAAAGUACAAGGACCCAGCGCUCGACGAAGGUUUCGUCACCAUACACAGAGUGAAUUUUGUGCCGCACUUUGCCGACGAGAAGGAAAAGAGGCUGUACAAGUUGUUUUUGGUGGAAAAGUAAUACGAUUCCGCUUUAAUCCAAUGUGAAUAUUCGCUUGGCAAUGUCCCCAAUGAGCCAGUCCAUGGAGCUAAGCAGCUUCUCCCCAGUCACAGCGCUCACGCCAACCACCAGCCAGUGGUGGGUGGUGAUGUCAUCCAAAUGAAGUAUCUACAAUUUAAGCAGCUUAAAGUUAAUAAAUAUUGUUAAAUACUCGUAAUA